AUGGCGGCUGCAGAAAUUAUUUUAUUUUAUUUAUUUAAUUUUUUAUUCAGUGUCAACUGUCAACUUGGACUUAAUGAAGGAGCUCCGUGCAUCACCACAGGAUUAAGGGGAGUGUGUGUGAACGUCUUUAAAUGUAAUUCGGCGGCAUUAACUUAUUUAUAUGGUAACGCUGGCUUCAAUCUGCAGAAGUACAAAAUCCCACCACUUCCUGAAAUAUGUUCCUAUAAGAACAAUGAGCCUGUAGUCUGCUGCACCGACUGUGAUGUUGGGCAGGAGAAAUACCGCGGCUUCGCAAUUGGUGCGUAUGGCAGUAUGGUCAACAAAACGGGGCCUGUGGCCUGGGAAAAAUGCUACGAGUAUUUCCAGAAGCUACCAUUUGGCUGUCGUUUAACUGGGUACUUCACAAUCGAAAAGACAUGGAAUCAUCAUUUCAAGUGUCACAACCUUUCGUACACUCCCCCUAGUGUAAUAUUCGCUGUCGGAGGACGAGAUGCCAAAAGAUGGGAAUUCCCACACGUGGCCUUGCUCGGUUAUGGAGAGGACGUGGACUCUGCCCAGUGGCUGUGUGGAGGAUCUGUCAUCAGCGAGAGAUUUAUACUCACUGCUGGACAUUGCUCAUUUGCUGGCAAGCUAGGCAGCAUUAAGUACGCCGCACUUGGGCUUUUGAGACGGACGGACCCCAAGGAAAACUGGAAGAUAUACAAAAUAAAAAGAAUCAUUAAUCAUCCUGAGUACAAACCACCUUCGGUGUACCAUGACAUAGCACUCUUGGAGACGGAAAACGAGAUAGCUUUUGGACAGGAUUUGUUGCCAGCAUGUCUGUAUACAAGAGAUGAACCUAUAAAAUUUGCUGAUGCCUCAGGCUGGGGGCGUUUAGGACACAGACAGCCAUUGGCAGAUACCCUACAAGUGGUGAAUCUGGAGGAAUUCGACAGACCUGAAUGCUCCCGAAUAUACAAACCACACAGAUAUUUUCUUAAAGGUUACGACCACUCAAGCCAAAUGUGUUACGGAUCCCGUAUCGAAGUCAUAAAUACUUGUAAAGGUGAUAGCGGAGGACCUCUCCAAUAUGGUGAUGACGGAUGCCAUCAUACAGUAAUUGGUGUGACAUCAUUCGGCGAGGACUGCGACAUCCUCGGUUCGCCUGGCAUGUACACCAGGGUCUCAUACUAUCUGCCCUGGAUCGAAGGCAUCGUCUGGCCUGAGGCAGUGAUGAAAAAGCAGAAAGAAAAUCAAUGGUUAAACAACUGGUCUUAUGGUUUUUAA